AUGAAACAUAAAGCACCGGCCAAAAUACCACUUGUGGGUUCAGGUAAUUGGGAUACAACAAUUGCCGGAAAACACAACAAUGAUUUCGACCCAGAAGUCCGCAUGUUGAUUCAUGAAGAGAUAGUAAAUGGGAAGAAACUUACUGAAAUUAUUAAUACGCAGCAUGAAAAUGUUAAAUACCUGCCAGGCAAAAAAUUAUCAUCGAAUAUGAUAGCUAUUGCAGACUUAUUGACAGCUUGCACGGACGGCGAUAUACUAAUCUUUGUGAUACCACAACAGUUUAAAGAAAAUGUUUACAUUAGUUAA